UAUUAUUGAUUUGUUGUUAUUGUUAAAAUUGGCGGCUUUUAGUCUAUUUGUGAAAUUUUUUCUAUCAAUAAAGAAAUAAUUAAAAAGUGUAAGAGAAAAUAAUGCCUGAAUCUAUAAUUGCCGGUAUACCGGUAAAUUUUCCCUUCGAACCAUAUGAGGUACAACGUGCCUAUAUGGAGAAGGUGAUCCUUUGUUUACGUGACAGUACCAAUGGUGUCCUAGAAUCACCAACUGGUACUGGUAAAACAUUAAGUCUACUUUGCUCUUCAUUAGCAUGGCUUUUAUCAAAGAAACAAGAAAUGAAGGCAAAUAUGCAGAAAACAAUACCGGGACCAGGCGAAAGUAGAAACGUGCCCGAAAUAAUGGAACAACUUGAAAUGAUAAAUCGUUCAAAAGGUAAAAGCAAUUGGGGUGUACCAAAAAUCAUUUAUGCUUCGCGUACACAUUCACAAUUGACACAAGCUAUGCAGGAAUUGAAGAGAACGUCGUAUUCCUUUAUGAGAGCAGUGGUUUUGGGCUCCAGAGAUCAACUGUGUAUACAUCCCGAAGUCAUGCGUGAACAGGGCAAUGCGAAUAAAAUUCAAAUGUGCAAGUUGCGUGUUCAAACUCGCACAUGUUCGUUUCAUUCUCGCGUUGAGUCGCGCAAAGAUGAUCCCGAUUUUAGGGGACAUCCUAUUAUGGAUAUUGAAGAUCUAGUGAAGGCGGGACAAAAGCUCAAAAUGUGCCCGUAUUAUGCUUCAAAAGAAUUAGUCGAAGAUGCCGAUAUCGUUUUUAUGCCCUACAAUUAUCUAUUAGAUCCAUCAGCUCGCAAAGCCAAUAAAAUUGAACUAUCCAAUGCUAUUUGUAUACUAGAUGAAGCGCAUAAUAUUGAGAAAAUAUGUGAAGAAUCAGCUUCUGUGCAAAUAAAAUCUUCUGAUGUUGCUAUGGCCAUAGAAGAUACCACCCACAUCAUGAAGGCCAUGAGUUCGGGAGAAAUGUACGAUACUGGAGACGAACAAAAAGAUUUUAAUAUUGAAGACUUGGCUCUACUUAAGGAAAUGCUUUUAGAGUUUGAAAAGGCCAUAGAUGAUAUCGUAGUGGAAAAUAAACAAGAGGGUGCCACAUUUCCAGCAUCGUACAUUUUUGAUUUGCUGGCACGAGCUAAUAUCUCUUACGGUUCCUCAAAAUCUGUUGUUGCCCUUUUGGACAAAUUGGUGCAAUUCAUGGCAAUCGAAUCACAAAGUAAUCAUUUACGCAAAGGCGGUAGUUAUCAAAAAUUAUCUGAUCUUUUAACUAUUGUGUUCAAUAACAAGGAGGAUACCAUACACAAGGUAUAUCGUAGUUUUAAAGUUCACGUACAGAUUGAGGAACCUAAACAGCAAUACUCUAAAGGCGCUAGCAAAGACGGUUGGUUGGCAAAAGGCAAUACAACAACUACAACUAAGGCAGCAAAGGUUAUAAAUUAUUGGUGUUUUAAUCCAGGAUUUGGAAUGGAACAGUUGCUGAAUACAAAUGUACGUAGUGUCAUCUUAACUAGUGGUACUCUUGCACCUUUAAAACCUCUUAUUGCUGAGUUAUCUAUACCGAUAGCACAACGUUUGGAAAAUCCUCACAUUGUGAAAUCUUCGCAGGUGUAUGUCAAAAUAAUAGGUUCCGGCCCAGAUCGCGAACAAUUAAUAUCGAAUUAUCAAAAUCGUGAUAAUCCCAAAUAUAUUAGUUCAUUGGGUUCUACUAUACUAAAUGUUGCUCGUAUUGUACCCGAUGGUUUGUUGGUAUUUUUUCCCUCGUAUCCUUUACUCAAUCAGUGUGUAAACUCAUGGCAGGCUUCUGGUUUAUGGGCUGAUAUCUCACGUUACAAACCCAUAUUUGUAGAGCCUAGAGGUAAAGACGAUUUUGUAACGACCAUGGAAUCAUUUUAUCAAAGCAUAAAAGAUUCCAAAGGAGCUUGUUUUAUGGCAGUUUGUCGUGGCAAAGUCUCCGAAGGUCUUGAUUUUGCCGAUCGCAAUGGACGUGCUGUUAUUAUAACCGGUUUACCGUUUCCUCCUUUAAAGGAUCCCAAAGUUAUUUUAAAAAAGAAAUAUUUAGAAGAUAAUCGCACAAAAGAAAAUGAGCUACUCACUGGUCAAGCGUGGUAUGCUUUAGAUGCCACACGUGCUGUUAACCAGGCUAUAGGUCGUGUUAUACGUCAUCGUAAUGACUACGGUGCCAUCUUGCUGUGUGACAUACGUUUUCAACAAUCAUCCCAAGUACAACAACUAUCCAAAUGGAUACGUGAUAUUUUAGGAAAUGCUCCUAAGAGUUCUGCAUUUGGUCCAGUAGUUAAAGAAUUACGAGAUUUUUUCAAAAAUGCCGAGAAAAGUAUGCCUAAGCCCACUGAGCGUUCUGUGGAUGCUUUGGUUAGCGAUACAUGUGAAGAGGCUGGUGCCGAAGUUGUACGCAGUAAAUAUUUUGCCGAUCCUAAGGAAAUUUUGGCUGCUAAGACAAAAUUUCAAAAUGCCCAUAACGAUGCGAUUAAAAUAGAAAAAACAAAUUUAAUCCAAUCAUGGUCACCUAAUGACUACGCAUCGGCUGCAGGACGGUCACGUAAUGGCAAAUUACCAAGUGCUAUGGAUUUUAUGAGUCGCUUAGAUUCUGAUGUUUCAGCUAUAGAUUUUAAUUCUUCGGCUAGUGGUAGCAGUUCAUCAUCAACAGGUUUGGUUAAAAUACAUAAACGAGAACGCAGUCCAUUUAGUCAAUCAACAUCGCCAAGUUCAAAUAGUUCUGGAGUAGUCAAAAAGAAAAAAUACAAAUUAGUAGAGAAUAGUUUUAGCACAAAACCCAGUUUGUCUGGAAUAUCAACAUCAACGUCAUUAUCAUCAUCAUACUCGUCUUCAUCGUCCUCAUCUGCAACAACACUUAAUUCAUUUGCAUUUAGCAAAACUCAAUUACACAGUGUGGACAAUAAAACAGCUCCUGAAGGUAGAGUUGAAUUUUUGAAAGUGUUACGCAGUGUUUUAUCUCCAGCUGAUUUUAGCGCUUUUACUGCAGCCUUGGUCUCUUAUAAACGUGAUGAUACUAUUGAUAUUUUAUUGGAUCUUUUAUUUCGACUAUUGGGCCAACCACAAUUAUUAUAUAUGUUGCGUGGCAUGAGACGAUUUUUAAAAAAUGAACAUCGCUCACAAUUUGAUAAACGUAUUGAUGCUUUAACGUAGAUUUUGUUUUGCUUUAAAGGUUAUUUCUGUUCUUAUUAAGUUUUUAUUUAUUUUUUAAUUAAUAUUAGAAUUUUAUAGGUUUUUUUAUGUAUAAGUUUCUCUUUUUUAAAAGCGAUAUU